AUGACUAGACAAAAGAGGCCUUCAUCAGCUGUGCGGGCCAUCGAAGGCGGCGCGUCAUUCAGAUCAAGGCAAGAGGAAUCGUACUGCUCUGCCGCAAAUAACAGCAUCCUGACUACUGACGCUAUCGACCGCCUGAACAGACACCCGUUACACCAACUGCAUCUACGCACUCGCUCAAAGCAACAGGCCAUGGCCGAGUACACCCCGGAUGAGAAGCUAUUCGAGAGACUACGGGACAAAGUCAUUGUGCUUACAGGCAGAGCCAGUGGAAUCGGUGCUGCCACCGUUCGUCUACUCGACGAACACAAGGCACAUGUGGUCUUCGGAGAUGUCAAUGCCUCGGCUGCUUAUGACAAUGUGGUCCAACAUAGCUCGACCGCAACGUUCGUCCAGUGCGAUGUCACAAAGUACGAGGAAUUCUACCGACUCUUCAAAACAGCUUACGCCAAGCAUGGUCGCAUCGAUCAUGCCAUCUCUUGUGCUGGCAUCUUCGAGCAAGGCAACUGCUUCGACCCUGGGUUGACGGUCGAUAGCGUCGGCGAAGACCCCGGCAAUACACAGACCAUGGACGUCAAUGUCAUGGGCACACUGCAUUGCUCUCGCAUUGCAGCUGUAUUCCCCCGCGAAACAAUCCAGAAGGGUGGGAACAAGAGUCUAGUCCUGCUUUCAAGUGUCAACGCUUUCCGCGAGAGUCCAGGCCUCUUCCUCCUCUACCAAAUAUACAAACAUGCCAUUCACGGGCUCCUGCGCUCCUCGCGUAAGACUCUCUUCGAGCGGGAUGGCAUCCGUGUGAACGCAGUCUGCCCUGGAGUCACCAACAUACCAAUGGCUGCACACGUUGCUCGUCCUUUCCGAGAGCAAGGGCUCUCCGUACCAAAGCCCGAACAAGUUGCGAAGAUCAUCGUUGGCCUUGAAGUGGAUGAAUCUAUCCAGGACAAAGCUUUCUACAUCGAAGGUGGCGGAGCAUGGGAGUUCGAAGAUGGCUUCGUUCGUGAGCAGCCACGCUGGCUGGGUGAAAAGCCGACUCGUAGAAUGAGAGUCAACAGUGAAGCCGUUCAAAAGGGCGCUUUAGUGCCAAAGUAG